AAGAAGUACAACGUGUAAUAACUAUCAUGAUGAAGGCACUGGUGUUGCUCAUAAUGGUAUCUACUGCAGUAGCUUUACCGGGAAAGUACUUUGUAUGGUUCUCAUGCUAUGCACCUAGUGACGUAAAGACACAGUUUCAAAGCUGUUUGCCAAAUUUGCCUCAAACGGUGUUAGAUUUAUUUAAAAACUGUUCCGUGGAGCUUCGUCCCAGUUUCACACCAGCACAGUUUCAACAAGAGAUCUGCACAAACGUAACUUUACAGAAUCAGACAACAAUGUGCAUUGGAGAAAAAACUCUUAUUCAGAUGUGCAAUGGAUUUUCUGAAGAUGAUUAUGUCAAAAUGGAAACAUUUGAGGAAUGCGUUAUGGACAUAGCUAUGGGUAUGAAAAGCACAAACGUUUGUAACCAAGGAUUUCAGUCAUAUGGAACUCAGGGUGUGAUGAACCAGAUACCGAAAGAACUACAAAAUAACCCUACUCUUUCAAGUAGUAAUCAGGGAUUUUUACCAGGAUUUGUUAACAAUUUUCAGAAUCCUUUCACCACUCGUAACGGCUUUCAGAAUCCUCUAGCGAACAGUAACGGAUUUCAAAAUCCUUUAACCAACAGUAACAGAUUUCAGAAUCCUUUCACUAACCGUAACGGGUUUCAGAAUCCUCUAACGAACAGUAACAGAUUUCAGAAUCCUUUAACCAACAGUAACAGAUUUCAGAAUCCUUUCACUAAUCGUAACGGGUUUUCAGAAUCCUUUAACCAACAAUAACAGAUUUCAGAAUCCCUUCACUAGUCGUAACGGGUUUCAGAAUCCUUUAACCAACAGUAACAGAUUUCAGAAUCCUUUUACCAGUAGUAAUGGUUUCCAAAAUCCUUUAACCAACAGUAACAGAUUUCCGAAUCCUUUUACCAGUAGUAAUGGUCUCCAGAAUCCUUUCACUAGCCGUAACGGGUUUCAAAAUCCUUUAACCAACAGUAACAGAUUUCAGAAUCCUUUAACCAGUAGUAAUGGUUUCCAGAAUCCU